AUGGACGUUGAUAUGGCUCUGCAAGAGCUGCUGAAGACCGCCCUCAUCCACGACGGCCUAGCACGUGGAAUCUGCAAAGCUGCCGAAGCCUUAGACAAGCGCCAAGCCCAUCGUUGUGUGCUUGCAUCCAACGCUGAAGAGCGUAUAUAUGUCAAGUUGGUGGAGGCCCGUUGUGCUGGGCACCAGAUCAACCUGAUUAAGGUUGAUGACAACAAGAAACUCGGGGAACGGGUAGGCCUCUGUAAAACGGACAGAGAGGAAACACCCGGUAAAGUGGUUGGUUGCAGUUGUGUGGUGGUUUAG